CUUUAGUGGGACUGUCAUGGCAGCUCGGAUUGGUCAGAGGGUAUUAAGGAAGGUGGUCUCGGGAUGCUGUCCGAAGUCGGGGGCAGGGGCAGCGGCCGGAGCCUCGGCUCCAGCGCACGAAGGUGCGCGUAACGUCAGAUAUUUAGCUUCCUGUGGUAUAUUGAUGAACAGAACUCUUCCACUACAUACCUCAGUUGUGCCUAAGGAGAUAUAUGCAAGAACUUUCUUCAAAAUUGCUGCACCGCUAAUAAACAAAAGAAAAGAAUAUUCAGAGAGAAGAAUUAUAGGAUAUUCUAUGCAGGAAAUGUAUGAUGUGGUAUCAGGAAUGGACGAUUAUAAGCAUUUUGUUCCUUGGUGCAAAAAAUCGGAUGUAAUAUCAAAGAGAUCUGGAUACUGCAAAACACGAUUAGAAAUUGGGUUUCCACCCAUGUUGGAGCGAUAUACCUCAGUAGUAACCUUGGUGAAACCACAUUUGGUAAAGGCAUCCUGUACAGAUGGGAGACUUUUCAAUCAUUUGGAGACUGUUUGGCGUUUUAGCCCAGGUCUUCCUGGCUACCCAAGAACUUGUACUUUGGAUUUUUCAAUUUCUUUCGAAUUUCGCUCACUUCUACACUCUCAGCUUGCCACGCUGUUUUUUGAUGAAGUUGUAAAGCAGAUGGUAGCUGCCUUUGAAAGAAGAGCAUGUAAGCUGUAUGGUCCAGAAACAAAUAUACCUCGGGAAUUAAUGCUACAUGAAGUUCAUCACACAUAGAGGAGAAAGAAGAAUUGGUGUCACCUACUUCUAAGUUUGUUCAUAUUUAGGAAGUGCUUUCAUCAUUAACUUUUAGAAGUCAGAAAGUAUUUGUUAAACCCAGCUUUGAUUAUAAACCUGCACCAUUUAAAAUUUGCACACAGAAUAUUGAACCACAUGUACAUAGUAUUUUCUUCAAUCAAGUAUAAUUCAAAGCAAUGUAUACAUCAGCAUGUUCUGCAUUUACAAUGGGAUGUCAUCACUGUUGCUAGAAUACUGACAUCCCUCUUCAGAGCAGAAAUUGAAACUAAGUUUAAACUUUCCAUUAUCACUUUACUUGAAAAAGGUUAGUUUAGAUAUUCAUGAUGUAUGUAUUAUAUUAACCAUAUCACACUUAAGUUAUUAAAUUCACACUGUGUAACUUAUUGUUACAGGGGCUGCCCUGUGGCUUAGCUUAUUUGCCUAAUCAUUAGAUAUUUUUAAACUUUGACUUAAAAAACUGUCAAUAAAAGUCCCCUGGCACUUUUGAUACUUUAAAAAUUGUUCUUAUGGGGGGUAGAAUUCAGUGCUAUAGUGAGGUUAGCUUCCAGAUAAAGAGUGAAUAUAUUUUUUGGUGAGUGGUCCAGACUUUAAGCUACCCUCUCCCAGGUACUUUGGCUGCUCUUUCAACAAAUACUAAUUGUGCACCAAAUUUUGUCUUCAGCAGAUGAAGAUGGUUGAUACAUCUCCAGCACUAUGCAUCCCUAUUUUCUAUUUAUUAUGUAUACUCACUUUGGUAUUUCAGACUAUUUUUUUUAAAACAAAUCAAUGUAAGGACUGAAGUGGUAACUUAAUAAAGGUAAUU